GCCUCGUACCUUCGCCUGGUGUCUGACAGUGCUUUUCAGAUGGAAUACCUAUUAUAUUUUAGUCGUCUUUAAUUUACCUCUUGAUGAAACGCUUGCUGUUCUAAUAUGAUUUGAAGAGCUGGAGAACCGUCAGCGGCUGCAUGAGGUGCUCCAGAGUCCAGCUCUGACAUCUGAAUCAUGAACUCAGUUUCACCCAGUGCAGCGCAGUACAUAGGUGGUGUGCUGCAGGAUGAGCUGGGCGAAAGCCAUAGACCACGCUCCCUUGAACGGCAGGGCAGCUUCAGUCGCAGGACGUCCCAGGCUUCAGAUUCCAGCAGGGACGCUGCUGUGGAGCUGGAUGAGGUGGACAAAUUAAAGGCCAAACUGAUGUCAGCCUGGAACAACGUCAAAUAUGGCUGGACUGUUAAGACUAAAACCUCCUUCAACAAGACAUCACCAGUCACUGUCCUGGGACACUCCUAUCUGCUCAACAGUGAGGAGGAGGUAGACCGUUUCCGGCUGGCUUUUGUAUCCAGGAUUUGGCUGACCUACAGACGGCAGUUCCCUCAGCUGGAGGGCUCAACUUUGACUACAGACUGUGGCUGGGGCUGUAUGCUGCGCAGUGGGCAGAUGCUGCUGGCACAGGGGCUCCUGGUCCACUUGAUGCCAAGAGAUUGGGUCUGGCCUGAUGCCCAGCAGCUAACUGAUGUGGACCUUGAGGUGUUCCAACCUCACUCCCCAGCCCGUGCUGGAGGAGUGCCAUUCCCCUCAUUCGGCUCUCCACGAGCACCCAGUAUCGCUGAAAACUCCCGGCCAAGUGAUCAGUCACCAAAAUGCAUUCAGAAGAAGAGGGCCGAGUCUGAAAGAGACAGGCAAGCAGAGCCUACCCAUCACAGGCUCGUCAUGUGGUUCGGAGACCAGCCCCCAUCCCCUUUUGGUGUUCAUCAGCUGGUAGAAACGGGAAAAAGUUCAGGGAAGAAGGCUGGUGACUGGUAUGGACCCUCUAUCGUGGCACACAUACUCCGGAAAGCAGUUGCAAAAACCACCGUGGUUCAAAAUCUGGUUGUAUAUGUAGCUCAGGAUUGUACAGUAUACAAAGAGGAUGUUGUUCAACUGUGCGAUCCAACACGAAGCCAAAGUGUCUCUGAGCCAUCCAGCCAUGGUUGGAAGUCGGUCAUCUUACUGGUGCCUGUGCGGCUGGGAGGAGACUCCCUCAACCCAUCUUACAUUGAAUGUGUCAAGAACAUCCUAAAACUGGAAUGCUGUAUUGGGGUCAUUGGUGGCAAACCAAAACAUUCGCUGUAUUUCAUUGGCUUCCAAGACGAGCAGCUUCUGUAUCUGGACCCUCACUACUGCCAACCUGUGGUCGAUGUCACUCAAGUCAACUUCUCACUGGAGUCAUUCCACUGUAGCUCCCCCAAAAAGAUGCCCUUCAGUCGUAUGGAUCCCAGCUGUACGAUUGGCUUCUAUUCCAGAAACAAGAAAGAGUUUGAGUCUAUGUGUUCUGCUGUUAGUGCGGCCCUGUCUUCAUCCAAAGAGAAGUACCCGAUCUUUACCUUCGUAGAGGGCCGGGGUCAGGACUAUGGACUUGAGGGUCACAGCAGCGGACCUGCAGCCCACAUCCUGCCCAGAGGCAGUCCGGGUAGAAGCAACAACAGAAGGAACAGUGAAGAGUUUGUCUUCCUGUGAAGUUCCCACCUGAUCUUCCAGCUCUCGCCUGUAGAGGGCAGAAGAGGAUUUCCUUUCAAAGGAAAGGGCAGCAUUCUGUUUUGCAGGUUGAAGAUGGGCAUGAUGCACUGUGUGGAUUGUGUCACUCUUGCUGUGUAUCGUCACCUCGCCAUGGGUUUUAUAAGCUAACAGACAAAUGGAUGCUACUGUUGCGUUGCUUCGCAAAGUGAGCGCAACAUUAUUUCACAGCGAAAUGUGGUCAUACGACAUAUUCUGGAUUCACUAUCAUACACCUCAAAGGCCUCAGGUCGGUGUCUCACUACAGAUGUGAGUAAAAUCAUACAGAUGCACUGGACUACUUCAUCUCCUAGUGUCGACUGGACCCGCUGAUGUGUGGCAUCGGUGAUAUUUAAUAACCUCACUGCUCAGGUGGGAGAGCUGCGGGAUAUUUUUGUUAAUGGGAAAACAUUAACCAUCUGCUGUACCCUCAUUUUUAAUCCUACUUUGUCUCUGAGUAUUUAUCAUGCUUUUUUUAAUGUGUAUGAAUGUCUUCUUUUUUCUUUUUCCCUCUGAACUCUGUUUUGUUACAUUCCAGAGGUUUCCAGUUCUUCCGAGAACAUUUUGAGCUGUGGAUACAAACUCAUUCCCUCACAGUCAAACAGACUUAACAAGCACUGAGUUUUAUUUGUAGUCCUUUUGCAGACCUCACACAUAAUUCCAGGUUUGGCUCUCAGUCAGUUGCUGUUGGAAAGAUCUGCUGUUACUGUUUUCCUUUCACUCAGUGAUUUCCUUCUCAAAUGUAGUGAUUCUGCCUGUUCAUCUUUGAUGGACAAAGAUCAUGAAAUGGACAGGGUGAGACUGAAAAUACGGCUUUUUAUUUGAGCCUCAGUAGUCAAGCAGCAGGACUGUUGUUUGACAGUGUUCUGCUGACAUCACACCUCUCCCCCACCACCCCUGUUUUAUUUGAAAGCUACAUUUUCAAAUUGCACCAUUGUUUAUGUUACUUGUUUUGUUGUGUUGAUUAAAGUGAAAACACUGGAAUUGGA